UCCACUACCCCAAACAUAAAACAAAUUUGAAAAGAUAACCCGGCCCCCCUUUCAACCCAUCGCUGGGGCACUCUCCGUUGGAUCUUCGUUUGUUUUCUUUGACGACAAAGAUCAGUUGGCAAUGCAAGAACAAGUAGAUUCGCAUCAUCGGUUAAUGGUGGAAAAUGGUUUCCCGUGCCCACAUAGUAUGGAUAUUGAUCCAGGAAGGGAACGGUUUCCAUGCUGCAUUGUUUGGACACCUCUGCCCAUUCUUUCGUGGCUGGUUCCUUUCAUUGGCCACGUUGGGAUUUGCAGAGAAGAUGGAACUAUUCUAGAUUUUGCAGUGUCUAAUUUUGUCUUCGUUGACCAUUUCACUUUCGGACCAGUGGCUCGCUAUUUGCAAAUUAACAAAGAUAAGGAAUGCGGCAUUUCUCCCCAUUCAUCUGCAUUUAAAGGGGAUCAAGAAAACCAGCAUGAUGAUCCUAGAAGGGAGACAUUAACAUGGGACGAUGCUCUUCGAAAAAGCACGAUGGAGUUCCAACAUCGGGCAUACAGCCUUUUCACUUGCAAUUGCCAUUCCUUUGUAGCAAACAACUUGAACAGGUUAGGCUUUCAUUCUGGUGGGUGGAAUGUAGUGAGCGUUGCUCUUCUCGUCUUACUCAAGGGACAUUGGGUGAACAGAAUAGGAUUUUUGCUAUCUUUCUUGCCAUUUGUUAUUGUAUCAGGUCUCGGACUUGUGUUCGGUGGAACGACAUAUCUGUUUUUCUUGGCCCUCUUUGCAUCCCUUCUUGUUGGUUGGUUCCUUCUUGGUACUUACUGUCUCCAGAAUUUGAUCUAG